AUGGCGGAACCGCGGCGGUGGACAGGGCCUGAAAAGUGGCGGUGCGACGUCUGCCAGUUCCAGCUGGAAGAGACCGGCACCCGAGGAGAUGAGUUGCAGGAGGUGUCAAUGGAUCUCAGUGAAGCCUUGGGUGUGACGUGGGCCGAGCAGCUCGUUGUGCAGGCGGUGCUGGGCCAAGCCGAGCGCCUGGGCAUCCAAGCGCAGUGGCAGCUGCGGCGCCUGGGCUCCGAGGAGGUGCUGGCGCCGGAGGAGCCGAAACGAGACGUGACGGACUUUGAGUCCAAGUUAAAAGUGCUCAAAGAGUCCAAUGGCCAAGCACCCAAGGAGGUGAAGCUCGGUUUUCUGGUGCCUCCGGGAGGUGACGGUGGCGACCUAGAGAAAGCGACUGUGGUCGUGGAUUUUAUGGCGGAUUGGAUCUCAAAAAUGGAGGUGAUCAGCCCCGAGGUCCUUCGCGCCGUUUCCAUUGGCCCCGCCAUUCGCUCCCUGCAGCGCUGGCGUCAUGGCAAGGACCUGAAUGCAUACAAUAAGAGCUUUGCCACUGUUCAGAUCGACGAAUUUUGGUCCCACAGCUGGCAAAGGAGACCGUGGAAGAAGGUUUCCACCCUUCUCUUCUUGAAACGAGGACUGCCAGCUGGCAUCAUGGGUACCUUGGGUGCAUUGCUCGGUUGCACCCUAACGGGUUUCAAUCUGCUCUCCCCGAGUUUUCCCUUUGGUGAAAUCUCCCUUUGGGGCACCAUCUUUGGCUCCAUCCUGUUCUUCCUAACGCUUUUGUUGUGGCCACGCACUGAGGGGGUCUUUCUGGAUGCAUGCUGUAUCCAUCAGACGAACCUUCGAAAGAAGGCCGAUGGCAUCCGAAGUAUGAGCGGUAUCUUGAAGCAAUCCAAGCGGAUGCUGGUGCUGUGGGAUAA